AGUUUAAUUGUUAUUUCACUAUUCAGUAAUUUAGAAUUUGUGUCGCUUUGUAUUUCAUCAUCUGCCGGACUCUCGCCGCCUCCAGUAGCACGUAAGUACCGGAAGUCCGAACCCCAGGGAAGCCAUAGCCGGCGGCCUAAGGAAUUGAAUUGGGAGAAGUUUGGUGAAGUUGUUAAUUUUGGUAUCUGUUUUUCUUUUUCAUGUAAUGCAUGAUGAAUACUUCAAUUGUUGAUCCGUUGCAAGGGGAUUUUCCCGAAGUGAUUGAAGAGUACUUGGAACAUGGUGUCAUGAAAUGCAUUGCCUUCAACCGUCGAGGCACCCUUCUUGCUGCUGGUUGCUCCGAUGGUAGCUGUGUCAUAUGGGACUUUGAAACACGAGGGAUUGCGAAAGAACUCCUAGAUAAAGACUGUAAUGCUGCAAUAACAAGUGUUUGUUGGUCAAAGUAUGGCCAUCGCAUAUUGGUUUCUGCUGCCGACAGAACAUUAAUUCUCUGGGAUGUAGCUACUGGAGAUAAAGUCUACCAGACUACAUUAGAAAAAGUCCCUCUACAUGCUCGUUUACAUCCAGGCUCCUCAACCCCAUCUUUGUGCUUGGCAUGCCCUGUGUAUUCGGCUCCCUUGAUUGUUGAUUUGAGUACCGAAACAACUACUGUUUUGCCUGCAUCAGUUUCAGAUGGUGGGGAUGGACUUUCUGUUCCUUCACGAAACAAAGUCUCGGAUGAUUCUGCCCCUCAGACCCCUGCAUGUUUUAACAAAUAUGGUGAUUUGGUUUAUUUGGGAAAUUCUAAAGGAGAGAUCCUCAUUAUUGAUCAUCAUAAGGCUCAAGUACGUGCAGUUAUUCCAGUUGCUGGUGGUGCUGUGAUCAAGAACAUUGUAUUUAGUAGAAAUGGUAAAUAUCUUCUCACAAAUUCAAGUGAUCGGAUUAUUAGGGUUUAUGAAAAUAUGCUACCAGUGAAGGAUGGUCUAAAAACACUAGAUGAGAUUGGUGACACGUUGAAUGAUAUUGGAGGAGUUGAGAAGCUAAAGGCAAUUGGAUCCAAGAGUUUGCUCUUGUUUCGUGAGUUUCAAGACUCUGUUACCAGAAUCCAUUGGAAGGCUCCUGGAUUUAGUGGUGAUGGUGAAUGGGUUAUUGGUGGCUCUGCCAGCAAAGGAGAACAUAAAAUUUACAUAUGGGAUCGGGCAGGACACCUUGUUAAAUUUCUUGAAGGUCCAAAAGAAGCAUUGAUUGAUUUAGCUUGGCACCCUGUUCACCCAAUUGUUGUUUCAGUGUCCUUGACUGGAUUGGUCUACAUAUGGGCUAAAGACUAUACUGAGAACUGGAGUGCAUUUGCCCCUGAUUUCAAAGAGCUUGAAGAAAACGAAGAAUACAUAGAACGAGAAGAUGAAUUUGAUAUCAUGCCGGAAACUGAAAAGGUUAAAGAAUCAGGGGUUGACCAGGACGAAGAGGUUGAUAUUAUAACAGUAGAGCAUGAUUCAACUUUUAGUGACUCAGAUAUGUCGCAGGAAGAGCUUUGCUUCUUGCCCGCAUUCCCUUGUCCUGAUGCUCCUGAGCAGCAUGAUAAAAAUGUUGGUAGUUCGAUGAAAUUGGUAGAAAGUAACCAUUCUGCAUCGUCUCUUUCAGCAGAUGCAGCACAAAAUGGGCAAGCUAUUAAUCAUGAAUCGAGUCUUGUUGAAGGUGUCGAUAAUUCUAUCGCAGAAGAUGCAAGUGGAGGACGCUUGAAACGGAAGCGAAAACCGUCCGAGAAAGUCUUAGAAUUGCAAGCGGUGAUGGUAAAGAAACCUGUGAAGAAGGGAAAGCCUUCUACUAAAGCGAUGAAAUCUGAAGAUAAAACUAUAGUCAACGGAGAAAAUGGUGUAUCGGUAUCUAUGGAUGAGGUUUCUGAUGAUUAUUACCGAUGAUUGCGUUCUUAAAUGUAUAACUAGGCUUCUUCGUCUCCCUUGCUUCCGUCUCCAAAACCAAAUAAUGGUUGGAAGUUUAAGGUCCGAGUUUGGACCUGUUUAUGGGUCGAAGGUGAUAGGAUCGUCUCACAUGCUAGGAAGUAAAAAUGUAUCAACAAACAACCCUUAGAAGUAAAAGCUUUUUUCAAGUGUCUAUUUUUUGCCAAUAAUAUUGGUGGCUUCUCUUAGGAAAUAUUAUCUUAAAAGUCUAGUUCUUAACUCCAAUUUUGUUUUAUAUUUUCUGAUUUCUAUUUUUUUUAAAAAAAGGCAAACUAAAUAUCGAAUUUGAGAUAGUCGGAACAUUAAUUA